UCGCCGCUGCUAACGGAUGGCGGUCUCAUCGUCCACGUCGUCGUUUUCCAACUACUUGAUGGCGGUAUUUGCCCAGGAUAGCAAUAGUAGUGGCAGUGCCAGCGGAAGUGGAGCAGCCGCCGACUCGGAGGACUCCCAGAUUGGCCAGGAGCCCAAUCCAGGUGGGCAGGAGAAUCAGGGAAAUCACAGGAGGCGACCGCCGCGCCAGAAGAUCAAUGCGAGGGAGCGCUACCGGACUUUUAAUGUCAAUUCCGCCUACGAGGCAUUAAGAAGUUUAAUACCCACGGAGCCCAUGAAUCGCAAGCUUUCAAAGAUCGAGAUCAUCCGCCUGGCCAGCAGCUAUAUAACGCAUCUAAGUAGCACCCUAGAAACAGGCACUGAAUGCCAGCCAUGUUUGCUGCACAAGUACGAGAGCGAAGGAAUAACUCGACGUAUCAGUAUCUGCACCUUCUGCCUGAAAACCAAGUGAAAUUUAUUAUUAACUGGAUAUUUCUAAGAAUAUUUUUAUAUUUCGUCGUAUCUGUUGCAUUUAGGAAAUCAAAGUGGGCGCCCAUUUGAAGCGCCACCUAUGGUAAUUUUCUGAAACGAACUUGCCGCGAACGUGAACUGCUUGCCAACAUACAACUGCUUUACUAAGCUGUUGUAUUUCUUCAACAUUUCGAUCUCUUGUGUAGGAUAAAAAUAAA